UUUUCAGGAGAUGAAUUGUUCACUGAUGUAUACAAGAUGACAGAAGUUGAUGGAAUUUUUUAUGAACUGGAAGGAAAGGUAAGUAGGCAAUAAAGAACUUACUAUGUGAACUCUUUAUUCCCUAAGUCUAGAGUGAAGAACAUCAAAUUUCUCCCUGUAAUAUUAUACACUUAAUGUCAGAUCCCGAGGGAAACAGUUGGUUUUGUUUUCCGGAGAGUCCUGAUGUUCCCCAAGACGAAGUCAAGGGAAACAUCAGGACUCCAGGGAAAUCAAAACUAACUGGUUUCCCGAGGGACUGGACAUUAAGUGUUUUGUUAUAUUUCUAGACUUUAGUUCAACAUACUUCAACAGACAACAGCAACAAAAAAUAGGCUUUAGGCAGGCAAAUCAAAACAGUUGACUCGGUAUACUUAAGCUUAUAAGAACACAAAUUUAAUUCUCAAAACCACAGAAUGAAUCAGAUGAAUGAUUUACAAAGUACUUUCCUUAUAUUAUAUGUAUCUUUUUACUCCACUAGCUGCUGGUUCUCUUCUGAAAUAACUUUGAAAAUCGUUGCUCUUUAGCUUGAGGCUUCAUGUUUGUGUUGUUGUGUUCAUUCACGGAAAAGAAAACUGGCAAUGUUUUUCCCAUCUUCUGUCACGCCACUUUCCACCAUGCCUUGAUCACGUGCUGUAAUGUAUCCCGAGCUGGGUACAUUGCUUAAUGUAUCAUGAUCGGGAUACAUUUGAUUUUCGUCAACGCCACAUGACCAAGAAUCAGCCUAUGGCAGUCCCUGUUUAGUUGAGUGAAAGUCUUGGAAUAUAACAACAAUGUUUUAACCAAUUUGCCCCUAAGCUGCCCCUAACCUCCCAUGCAGAUUCUUGUCCCUUCUACCGCUUGUGACAUCAUCAGUUUUAAUGGUCAAAGACAACUUUGUCCACCAACUUGUGUAGAGUGGAGAAAUCUUUCAAACCAUACCAGAAUUAGCUCAGUUCAGUAAAGCACACCAGAGUAAAAGGCAAAACACCAUGAACUAACAUUGACCUAAAAAUUCCCAUGAAAAUCUUGAUCCACUACCUGCGUACCUUUCCACUCAUCUAAUUCUAAGAUCCUAAAAGCUUAAUAUUCCUAAAAACUUUUCCCACCAAAAUGAAGCCAACUGAAUGCCCAGCAAGGAAAAAAAUUAGGCGAAAAAAGGGAAAAAAGAGGGGAGGAGGGAAAGCAAUGACAUUGUGGGAGGCAUUUGAAAUGUUCGAAGAUGGAAUCUAUUAUCAAAUUGAGUAAUUUUAAUUUUUAGUUGACAAAAACGUUGUAAUAGAAUAAUUUAAAUCAAAUUGCACUUUUUUUUACACUUUUCAAGGGCUAUAGAUUACAUUGCGACUCCUGUAACCAAGGCCACUUAGUCAACGUUGCAUGACCAUUGAUUGGAUUACAGGAAAAUAACAAUACAUUCCAAGAAAGUUGUUUGUGGGCCAAUCAGCAGCUCAUAAAAUCCUGAUAGCAAAUGUUUUUCGGAAAGCAAAAUCUUUCACCAGACAAUGUUUUUCUAUUCGAAACUUUGCAUACAACACCCAUGAGACAUAUUUCUUAGACACAAGCUGUUAUUUUGUCAUCUACCAGCAAUUUCUUUGCCUCUAUUGCCGUGCUUUGCAAUAAGAUGUGUCUGCAAAUACUACAUUACUCACUCCAACGGACUUCUUGGGAAACACGUUCUUUCUAUAGUGGUCUCAAAACCCGGGGGGGGGUACUUUAGGAAUUUCUGGGUGGGGAUGUGCCGCUGGGACCCUGGAACCCUUAACCUAUACCAGAGCUAGUUCAGCUGAAUUUUGCUACCCUAUACUAGAGUAAACUCCCCAAAUCCCCCUAUCCUAUAGUAGCUGUUUCCCUUGUCUAGUUAAAAUCUUCAACCAACUGAUCAUUUUCCUGAAAAAUGAUAAAUUAUUCUAGACCCAAACACUCUGAUUUAAAUACCCUAUCCUAGAGUAAACUGCCUGAAAACCAUAGCCUUCACAGCGGCACAUACCUAUAUAGCCCAUAUAUGGCAGUACCCCCCCCCCCUUACCCCCGGGGUCAAAAGUUCACAUCUGUUAAGGUUGUAAUUGGUUGAUUUUGAUCCAUGUUGUUUAUUUUGUUACAUGGCAAGGCUGUGCUCUAAGGAAAAUUAAAGGGAGCCCAGUGCUCUGAAACUGUAAAAUCUAGGGUGCCCAGCGUAUGAUUUGUAUGAAAAAUCUGAGAUUUUCUAGUUGCCCGGGGGCAAAAGCGAGGCGCCAGGGGCCACCGGGCUCUGCUAGAGCACAGCCCUGCAUGGUAAAUAUGAUUGACAACUACAUUUAACUUUCUUGGAAUGUAUUGUUAUUUUCCUGUAAUCCGAUUGGUCAACUUUGUCUGGGCGGUCACGGUUACAGUAGUCACACUGUAGUAAAAUAUUGGUUAACCCAUUCGCCCCUGAACCGCCCGUAACCGCCCGUGCGGAUCCAGGUUCUUUCUACCCAUUGUGACAUCAUCAGUUUUAACGGUCAAGGACAACUUUCUUCGCUAACUUGUGCAGAGUGAAGAGAUCUUUCAAACCAUACCAGAAUGAGCACAAUUCAGUCAAGGACACCGGAGAAACAAGCAAAAAACCACGUGACAUUGACCUGAAAAUCUCCAUGAAAAUCUUGUUUCAUUACCGACCUACCUUUCCUUUCACCUAAUCCUAAGAUCCUAAAAGCUUUCCUAAAAACUCUUCCCACCAAAAUCAAGCCUACUAAAUGCCCAGCAAGAGAAAAAAAAAAUGAGGCAAGAAAAGCGAAAAAAGAAGGGAGGAGAGAAAGCGAAAAGUAAAAGUCAAGACUGCUGUGUCACUUUGAAACCCAAAAACUAUCUUGAAAUUUUGCUUUCUGCGCAUGCCCAAACUUCGCAAGCUGAUAUUUUGCAUCUGGAUCAGAAGGCUGCGAAGUGUUCAACCUGUAAACCAGUUUGUAGUAAGUUUUAGCUCUUUAUAGCACGACAGUGACCAGAAAACCACUCGACUAGCUUCAAAACGCGUUUUUCGGCAAAAUCUCCAGGAGCAAAUGGGUUAAAUCUGUAAUAACACCAAUGACAAUUAAUUUUCUUAUAGGAGCCCAAGAAAAUUAAAUUUCUAAUUUCACAGGAAUAAAUUGUGAAAACAGAGGUAAGAUUUUAUUUUGUGAAAUUUGAAAGUUAUUUUCCCAGGCUCUCAUAUCAGAAAUUUUAUUCGGUGGUAUUACAGAUAACUAAUUACAUCUAUAGUCCCUGACUGUGUAAAAAAGAAAGCAAUAUGCUUUACAUUAUUAUUUUGGUAUAAGGUCUUUGUCAAGUUUCUCAAUUUUGUGAUGGAUUUACCAGAAUCAUACUUAAUUUUUUCCAGGUGACUACUGAAAAAAGUGGUGAUAUAGAUGAAAGUUUGAUUGGUGGGAAUAAAUCAGCUGAGGACACGGGAGGUGAUGACGUGGAGGAAAAUGCAGUAACUGGCGUUGAUAUUGUUUUAGCCAACAAACUUAAAGAAGUGGGAGGACAGGCUUUUCCUUUCUCAAAGAAAGAUUACCAAAAGCAUUGUAAGGCGUAUAUGAAAAAGCUCCUUGAACAUAUAAAUCCAGAAGAAAAAGACAAAUUCCAGGCAGAUGCCAAAGUUGCAAUGCCAAAAAUUUUUGGCAAAUUUAGCGAUCUCCAAUUUUUUCGGGGAGAGAGUGAAGCCGAUUUUGAUGACGCUGAAUGUAUGCUGGCUAUACUUGAGUAUCGUGGCAACAUACCAUACAUGUUGUUCUUCAAACAUGGUCUUGUCGAGGAAAAAAUGGUGAGUACCGUUGAGGUUUUUUCAGGGACAUUUGCAAAGGCCCUGCCAGGGUAAAUUCCGACUAGUGACAUGGCCCAAAAAGUAGCGACAGCGCGUCAAAUGAAAUCGCCACAAGAGACAACCUCCCUCGACCAAAUUGUGACAGUGGCGGCAAAGCCAACAAUAAGCGACAAGCAUUUAUGAACACCGACAUGAGACGUUUUAAAAUUAAGACAGGCGACAUGGACCCCUCCCUGGCAGAGCCUCUUUGCACUGAUGCAUAUUGUUUCAACUGCCUGCAUGCAUGAGUCUUGUCAUAAUAUUAGGCCUUGAGCGCACAAUAAGGAAGAAAGGGUCACACUUGACAGGGGCAUAGCUCGGAUUUUUCAGAGGGGGGAGGGAGUCACAUUAGGGCCAUUUAUACGAGGAAAAAUAAGACGCGUCUUACUUAAGAUGCGUCUUAAAUAAGACGCGAACUUUCAGUAUAAACGGCACAUUUCGUCUAAAAUAAGACGCAGCUUAGCUAAGACGCGUCUUAUUAGAUAAGACAUGCUCGUAUAAAUGGUACAGUUCGCGUCUUAUUUUUGCUCGUAUAAAUGGCCCUAUUGUGUCACACCCAGACUUAGAUGACAAUUAUAGGAGAAGAAAGAUUUAACUCUAAAUCAGAUGAAGAGCAUUCCUUACCUCUCUUUGAAGCAUUGAAAACAGUUUGAAAGCUUUGCUUGUUUGGAUAAACAGCAUUUGCUACUUCACAAGCAGUAGCACCAACUUAAUAUCUUGGUCACAAAUUUCUGGGUGCCUUACAUUACUUGUCUUGUGUUUCAACGGCCUCAUAUUCAUGUGGCAAGGAGGAUCGAAUACGUUGUCUAUAUAAACCAAUCAAUGCCUAGCUGCUCUGACCAUCAUACCAUAAAAUUCCGAAAAUAAGCCCCGGGGCUUAUAUUUUUCAAAGCCCCUUUUUGAGGGGCUUAUAUUCGGAGGAGCUUGGGGAGGUUACACCUGGAGGUCCAACCCCUUACCCUUUUACAUACCAGUUUGGACAGAAAAGGCACCCCUUUCGUAUACCUUCUAUUGACAAAUGUUACCCCUUUCACACACCCAGUUUAGAACUUUGUAUCUCUUAAACUGCUGUUUGACCGCCGCCUGGUUAGCUCAGUUGGGAGAGCGUCAGUCUGCCGAGCGGGAGGUCGCGGGUUCAAACCCCGGCCGGACCAACACUCAGGGUCUUUAAAAUAACUGAGAAGAAAGUGCUGCCUUUGUAAUGGCAUCUGCAAAUGGUUAGACUUUCUAGUCUUCUCAGAUAAGGACGAAAAACUGUAGGUCCUCUCUCGCAGCACUUUCACUGAUUUGUUCUUGUGGGACGUAAAAGAACCUACAUCACUAUGCGAAAAGAGUAGGGGUCGUAGACCCCGGUGGUGUGGCCAACCUUUUCAGGUUGUGGGAUUGGGCAGGGAUGGCACCUUGCAAGGGACCCAUGAGUCCCAUUCGUGCACGUUCCCUCUGGGCAGGCCUGUGUUCAGAAAAGCUGGUAAAUAAAUAAAUAAACACACUAUCUUUAAAAUAUGAUUAAGACAGAAUCCACUAGGAAAUUAAGUAAUUUUAAUUUUCAGUGGACAAAAACCUUGUAUCAGAAUAAUUUUAAAUCGUUUCCUUUUUUCUUUUAUUUUGCAGUAAUGAGCAGAGCAAGGCAGGAAAAAAUUAUACAGGCUAA